GGCGCCCGGUUCUUCCUUGAUUGUUUUCUAGCACCGCGUGUGUUUCUUUGGGCGGUCUGCACGUGUCCGGUUCAAUCUUCAGUAUUUCCGUGUACUUUUUUUUGUUGAUAGGCUUCUUGCCAGUUUGGAGGAUCGCUUUGUUGAUUUGAGGCAGAUCUGCUGUUAUGACAAGUGAGGAGUACAAGUAUGCCGUGGUAGAGUUCAUUGAAGAUAAUGAGGAAGUUACGGUGGCGCCCGUCCCUCUUUCGUGGUUCAACGUGAAGACAAAUCAAUGCGUGUGGCCAAGCAACAUGUCCGGCGUGGACAUCCUGUCCCGUGUACAAGCGGGCCAAACACCAGACCCUGGCUGGCCUUCAUUCAGAGGAUCGAUUUUGCGGAAAUGCAAGACCUUCAGGAAGGCAAAAAAAAGAACAACUAUCGCCGAAAGACUGUCCUGUGUUGAAUCGACAGAUGCUGGUGAGCCGGACGAAGAACCAGCCAGCACAUCUGGAGGCACUCGGCGGCCUCCCAGUGGUGAGGAAACGAGCGUCGUUUUACCAACCCCACUUCCAAGUCGUCUUGGUGGAGCACGCGCCCCAGUCCAGGCACCGAAGAGGAAAAAGCCAAGGAGGCAGCACCCAGAGUCUUUGACAUCCGAGCACAGGCCAUUGGAGACAGGCGGAACCGGGGAGUCGACAGGGGUACCGAAGGACACUGCCACUCGCUUCGAGGCUCAGCUGCUCAAGGUCGUGCUUGACCUACGGAUUCAAAAUGAGCAGCUGCAGCAGCAGAUGAGGGAGACGCAAGUCUCUGUGGCACAGGUGCUCAGGCACGUUGUGUCAUUAAAGCACCAAGAAGAGCAGCCGAGGUUUGGGGAACGGGCGACACCCCAGGAAAUGGCCAGGCCCGAACCACCCGAGCUGUUCCUGAUGCCCAUUUGCGACAUGGAGCAGUUUCGUGCUGCGGAGGCGCGGCUAAAGAACCCCGCCGACAGGACACUGCUGGAGGAGCAGCUCCUGUCUUUAGGAGACGGGAAGACACUGCAAAAAGUGGUACGAGAGAUGGUGGGGCGCCUGCUCUCAAAACAAGUCCAGGAGCUGUUCUCCCUCCUGGGCUACCGAGGAAAAUCGCGAUUCAAGGACACCACAAUGUGCAAGGUGGUCAUUGGUGCCAUAAAAAGUCGCACUGAAGGGUGCAGCCUGGACGCGGUAGAAAAGCGGCUGAGCCGCUUCCUAUCGGGUGCGUCCGAUAGGGAGGGGGGCAGGGCCAACAGAUUCAAGAAGACUUCCUCGGUGCCUCCAACCCUCUCGGACGAUGAGGGAACGGCUUCAGCUGAGCAGCCAGCUGCUAUGGUUGAAUCUCAAUAA